AUGUAUAGCGGAGAGCAGGUCAUGAUUCUCAAGAACCUCGCCAUCGCUUUCACCGAGUCCCCCUUCACCUGUUUCUCGCACAUUUUCGUCGACCCCUCCUCCUUCUUCAUUGCCACCAUCAUCCCGCUCGACAGUCGGACCUCGUCUUCCGAUGCCGACGCCCACACAACGGCCGCUUCCUCCGCGCCGGAGCUCCAGCUCUUUCCCUACCUCCUUGUUUUCAGCCCGAAGCACAGUAACUCGGACCCGCGCUUCGCUCUCUGGAGCUUCUACCUCGCCGCCGACUCGCGCCACUUCGCCUCACGACUUGCCGAUCUUCUCGUCGAAAAAGCGGAGUACAACCAGCUUCUUGCCGAGCUGGCAAACCAAGGUUAUACGAUCCGUCCUAGCUCGUCAAUCUUGCAGGACAAGGCAUUUGGAGGCUCAAGGAGCGGCGAAUUCGCCGAUGAAGGUGCCGAGGGAACUGAGCAGGAUGCUGGCGCGGAGUCAGAGUUGGGAAGCUCGGAGGGAGACGAGAAAGGCGUGGUCGAUCGUGGUGAGGACGCGCCUCAAAGCAGGGGAGGAGGAUCUGCAGCAGGGGAAGGAUCUGGUUCUGCAAGGGAGGAUGAGGAACACCUCCUUCUUGAUCUCCUGACGACUCCAACGCUGCGUACCCAUCUCGCCGGGACUCCGGUCGAUCCGACCUUCGAGUCAACGCUUAUUCGCAUCCAGUACGCCACAUCACCCGGUACAGAACAGGGUACUCCUCCAGCAUCGGCCAAGUCGACGACUGGGCCAUCCCUUUGCUCGAACCCGCCCAUACCCUAUUACAACGCUCAUUCGCCAAAAACGUCACGCUCCUCCUCGCCCUGCACCUCUCCUCUCGUCGAAAGGCAUCUCGUAGGCACUCUCUCGCCAAGCUUUGAACGCCCCGUCUAUCGCGCCGAUUACCUCGGGCUCAGGCUAGUCCUCAAGCACGGCUCGAAAGACGAGAUCCUUCCUGAAGCGAGAUUCCUCGGCUGCGCAGGCUCCGACAUCGCGCCACGCCUGUUGGGGGUCUUCAAGUACGCCGAAAACGAGCGCUACUGCUUCGUGCAGCCGUACGUCGGCAGGAGUCUGCGUGACUGGGACGACUUGAGGGAGGAGGAGAAACGCGACUUGUACAGCAAGACCGUCGCGCUUCACGCCAAAGGAAUCUACCACGACGACCUCGCGCCGCGGAACGUCGUGCGCGGCAAGGACGGCAUCAAGAUUAUCGACUUCGGCAUGGCGUUCGAGCACGAGUGCAAGGGAGCGCGAUGCGACGAGUUGCGCGGUCUGAGGCAUCUGUUGGGGUUCGAGGAGUAG